UAAAAUGAAUAAGUUCAAUUCUUCGUUUUUUAUAAAUUAAAAACAAAUAACAUCUAUCGAAUUUUUAUUUUUAGCUUAUCUCUCUUAUCAAUUUUUUCCGGCUAGAAUACCCCCAAUUAAAUCAUUAAGAUGCGCAGUUGGCUUGGGACCUUCAGAUUAUCUUACAUAAUUUCUCCACCAUGAAUUUCGCCGGUAAGGUUGUUUUAAUUACGGGAGCCAGUUCUGGAAUUGGAGCCGCCACUGCCAUUAAGUUUGCCAAAUAUGGAGCAUGCCUGGCGCUAAAUGGACGGAAUGUGGAGAACCUGAAGAAGGUUGCAGCCGAAUGCUCCAAAGUAGCCGAAUCCUCUCCAGCCCUAGUCGUGGGCGACAUCGCCAAAGAGGCGGAUACCAAGCGGAUCUGGGAAGAGACCCUCCAAAAGUAUGGAAAACUUGACGUGCUGGUCAACAACGCCGGAAUCAUUGAGACGGGCACCAUUGAGAAUACGAGUUUGGAACAGUAUGAUCGAGUGAUGAACACCAAUCUGCGGGCCAUCUAUCAUCUCACCAUGCUAGCCACCCCAGAACUAAUCAAAUCCAAGGGCAAUAUAGUUAACGUGUCCAGCGUAAAUGGAAUUCGCUCUUUUCCUGGUGUCCUGGCCUACAACAUCUCAAAAAUGGGCGUGGAUCAGUUCACCCGAUGUGUGGCCUUGGAGUUAGCCAGUAAGGGAGUACGAGUAAACUGCGUUAACCCCGGUGUGACUGUCACCAAUCUUCACUCCCGCGGAGGCAUGGAUCCGGAAACAUACAAGAAGUUCCUGGAGCACUCCAAAACCACCCACGCUCUUGGCCGUCCAGGGGAUGUCAAUGAGGUGGCAGCUGCCAUAGCUUUCCUUGCCAGCGAGGAGGCUAGCUUUAGCACUGGAGUCAGUCUACCCGUAGAUGGCGGCCGUCAUGCCAUGUGUCCCCGCUAAGAACAAUGAAACGAAACUUUCCCGAUUCAAAUGCAUUUAAUAGUCGUUAUUUUUUAAACUUUAUAUUUUCUUUUAAUUUGUAUACUAAAUUAAAAACGAGACAGAAAAA